GCGCACUGUGUGUGUGCCAGUAUAUACGCUUUUGCGGGGGCAUGCUGGGUCGGAGUGUGUGUCUCAGACAGUGUGUGUGUUCACGUCACUCUGUGACUGCUGUGGUGCAUCUCUGGGGGGAGGAGGAGGAUAGGAUAUGAGCGGGCCUGGGCAGUGCUAGAGGGCCAUGCAGACUCUGAGCAGGCUGCAGACCUGUGGCACUCGUACGAUGAUGGCCAUGGUCCGCACCUCCCUUCAGAAAGUGGUGGUCUUCCUACACAGGCUCCAGAGAAUGGCCAUCUCAUCCCCACGUUAUCACAAACUCUGCAAGGAUAUCCAGGCAGAGAUCGAUGCCCAUAAUGAUAUCUAUAAGAGUGUGGACGGGAAUAAGCCCAAGGUGGUCAAGUCCCUGGGGACGUCUGAGGAGGCAGUGUUUCUGCAGCACCGACUGGACGACAUGAACCAGCGCUGGAGCGACCUCAAGACCAAAUCUGCAAACAUACGGGCUCACCUGGAGGCGAGUGCAGAGCGUUGGAGUCGUCUUCAGAGCCUGCUGGAGGAGCUGUGGAGGUGGAUCUGUCUGAAGGAGAAGGAACUGGCCAAACAGAUGCCCAUAGGAGGAGAUGUCCCCACCCUGCUGCAGCAGCACAACCACUGCAAGGUGUUGCGGUUGGAGCUGAACGACCGCGAGCAUGUUGUGGCCAAUACACUGGACCAGGCACACACAUUCCUGGCUGACCAGUCCAUCGAGGGGCCGGGAGAACCAUGCAAGGACCUACAGCCCAAAACAGACCUGACUCCAGAGGAGAUGGCGCAGGGUGUGGCCAGGGCCAUCAGGCAGCAGACAGCGGAGGUGCAGGAGCGUUGGGAGCGUCUGCAAGACCACGCUGGUGGAUGGCAGAGUCAGGUAGAAAGGGCAUUUGAGAGGCUACAAGAGCUCCAGAGCAACAUGAACCAGCUGGACCUGCGGCUAGCCAGGGCAGAAGAGACCAAGGCUGGCUGGCAGCCUGUAGGAGACCUGCUCAUAGACUCACUGCAGGAACACAUAGAGAAGACCACGGCUUUCAAGGAAGAGAUGGCCCCUCUGAGGCAGGAUGUGAAUGGUGUGAAUGAGCUGUCUGGUGAACUAGCUCCUCUGGAUGUGCAGCUGUCCUCCACCUCCUCCAGGCAACUGGAUGACCUCAACAUGCACUGGAAACUACUACAGGUGGCCAUUGAAGAGAGACUAAAGGUCCUUCAGGAAGCCCACAGAGACUUUGGCCCUUCCUCCCAGCACUUCCUAUCCACCUCUGUGCAGCUCCCGUGGCAGAGGGCGCUCUCUCAGAAUAAGGUUCCGUACUACAUCAACCACCAGACUCAGACUACCUGCUGGGACCAUCCAAAGAUGACAGAGCUCUACCAAUCGCUUGCCGACCUAAACAACGUGAGAUUUUCCGCUUACAGAACAGCCAUGAAAAUCCGCAGGCUACAGAAAGCACUAUGCUUGGACCUGUUGGACCUGAAGGUGGCCCAGAGCACCUUUGAACAACACAAGCUUACCCAGAAUGCCCAGCUGCUGACAGUGCCUGAUGUGAUCAACUGUCUGACAUCCAUUUACGACGGGCUGGAGCAGCAGCACAAGGACCUCGUCAAUGUUCCGCUUUGUGUCGACAUGUGUCUCAACUGGCUGCUAAAUGUCUAUGACACUGGACGCAGUGGGAAGAUUCGUGUCCUGUCCAUGAAGAUAGGAUUGCUCUCGCUCUCCAAAGGCCAUCUGGAGGAGAAAUACAAAUACCUGUUCAGUCAGGUGGCAUCGUCAGGGGAUAAGUGUGACCAGAGACAGCUGGGUUUGUUGCUCCAUGACGCUAUCCAGAUACCACGGCAACUAGGAGAGGUCUCCGCGUUUGGAGGGAGCAACAUCGAACCCAGUGUCCGGAGCUGCUUCCAACAUGUGACCAAUAAGGUGGAGCUGCAGCCCAGGCAGUUUGUUGAUUGGAUGAGACUGGAGCCCCAGUCUGUGGUGUGGCUUCCUGUGCUACAUAGAGUGGCGGCUGCUGAGACUGCCAAGCACCAGGCCAAGUGUAACAUCUGUAAAGAGUGUCCCAUUGUAGGGUUCAGGUAUCGCAGUCUGAAGCACUUUAACUAUGACGUGUGUCAGAGCUGCUUCUUCUCUGGACGAACCGCAAAGGGCCACAAGCUCAACUACCCCAUGGUGGAGUACUGCACGCCGACCACGUCAGGUGAGGACAUGCGUGAUUUCACCAAGGUGCUGAAAAACAAGUUCCGCUCCAAGAAGUACUUUGCCAAGCACCCCCGUUUGGGCUAUUUACCAGUCCAGACUGUUCUUGAUGGAGACAAUAUGGAGAUUCCCGUCACUCUCAUCAGCAUGUGUCCGGAGCAGUAUGAGCUUUCCCAGUCACCCCAGCUCUCUCAUGAUGACACUCAUUCCAGGAUAGAGCAGUACGCUAGCAGACUGGCUCAGAUGGAACGCUCCAAUGGUUCUCUGCCCACUGACAGCAGCUCAACUACAGGAAGCAUGGAUGAUGAGCAUGCUAUGAUCCUGCAGUACUGCCAGAACCUAGGGGGGGAGGUGUCUCCCUGCAGCCAGCCCCAGAGCCCUGCCCAGAUCCUACAGGCCGUGGAGAGAGAGGAGCGGGGAGAGCUGGAGCGAAUCAUCCAGCGUCUGGAGGACGAGCAGUGGACCCUGCAGAGGGAGUAUGAGCAGCUGAAGGAGCAGCAUGGGGGUCAGCGGGGGCCUGGUUCUGUGGGGCUCUGGGACCCUGAGGGGUCAUCUCACCCCAGGGGUCCUGAUGAUGCUGACCUGCUGGCUGAGGCCAAACUGCUCCGGCAGCACAAGGGCCGUCUGGAGGCCCGCAUGCACAUACUGGAGGAGCACAACAAACAGCUAGAGUCCCAGCUCCACCGGCUCAGACAGCUACUGCACCAGCCGGAGAUGGACUCCAGGGUGAAUGGAGUGUCGUCCCCCAGCAUGCAAGAGCGAAGGGCCCCCACCGAAAACACAGCUUCAAGCCUCUCUUCGAGACCACAGGUGAUGUGAGGACCCUCAGAAAGUUCCUUUCGGAGAGAGAGAAACAUUCCCAAACACACAGCUUAUACGCUCUCCCUUUUCUGGGGGACAGACGGAGAGCUAGAGCCCCUAGCAAGAGACCUCCCUAAAACCCAAAGACAUACA